AUGUGGUGCCUAACUAGACGAAAGCGUCAAGUUUUUGUGCAAAAAUACAUAAUUGCCCGGGAUGUCCGGUAUGACGGGAUGGCAACAGUGAGGGGUUCGUUCCUGGAUGUGUUCGUUGCCGGUGAGUGGGUGAAGGUGUGCGCAACUCUUGAUGAAACAGCACUGACGCUAAGCGCUCCCUCGGAUGCGUACCAGGGCCAGGGUGCGGAUGUACGAACCGUACGUAUUGUAAAGCACGAUGGUAAUGGAUUGGGCAUUAGCAUCAAAGGAGGCCGCGAUAAUGAAAUGCCUGUUAUCAUUAGGUGA